CAGGCGUUUGGCUCAGCUGGGAUUGCACAAGGCGAGCUGUGUGUUCAGCAAACACAGCCCUAUGAAAAAGAGUCGGCGUCACUCGAUGAGAAGAGGAUCUCAGCCAUGGACAUAGAGAAGGUCAACUCCAUGGACUUCGGUGAAUUUGUGGAUGUGUUUGGGAACGUCAUUGAAAAAUGUCCUCUGAUUGCAGCUGCUGUCUGGUCCCAGCGUCCAUUCUCUGACUUGGAAGACUUAGAGAAUCACUUUUUUGCUUUUAUCGAUGCUCUUCCAAGGUCAGGCCAGGAGGGCAUCCUGCGCUGUCAUCCGGACCUAGCCGGCCGCGAUCUGCAGCGUGGCACGCUCACCGCCGAGUCGCAGCGCGAGCAGAGCCAAGCGGGCCUCACCAGCCUGGACGCCGACGACCGGCAGCGGCUGCAGCGACUCAACGCCCAGUACCGCCAGCGCUUCGGCUUCCCGUUCGUGCUGGCUGCGCGCCUGAGCGACCGCGCCGCGGUGCCCCGGGAGCUAGCCCGCCGGCUCCACUGCCAGCCCGAGUCCGAGCUGCGCACCGCCCUGGGCGAGGUGAAGAAGAUCGGCCACCUGCGCCUGGCGGAUUUGCUAGGCGCCGAUCCCGCCGGGGUGGAAUCGCCGCGGGGCUAGGGAUCCGAACGCCAGCCAGCAGGAUGCGCCACGGAGGGGACUUGGCGCUGUACAUCCUUCGCCGGAGGCUGGCUCGGGCCUGGAAGGACAAUCCACUCACCCACACAAAGGAAGUGGAGAAUUGAAGCUAUCACACGGAUAAUGCAUCCUUUGUGCACCCAUUCUCACGAGCACGCGCCGCCAAAAUAUGUCAAAUUCUAGAGCGCUUAGCGCGUUGCCCUCGAUUUAUCCAGAUCGCUGCUUCAAUUCUCCACUGCCUUGCGGUCCGGCCUACACUACAGCCUUGGCGGACUGAAAGCUCCCCUCCGACUCCCCCAUUCUCUCCUGCUAAGCAGGAACUGGAAAUGCAAAAAGGCACUGAAACAGGAGUCUUGUGUUCCAUA